AUGCUGCUUAGAAACAGAUCAAGAGCUGUCACCAAACAAAGUCUAAUGGGUGAACCACAAUCACCAAGUCAAAACUUCACAAACACAAUCCCAUCUCUAUUUGGUUCAUCCAAAAAAACUGAGUCUUUGAUAAGUCCAACAUCGAUUCUUGACACAAAAGCUUUAACUCAUUUUGAGAAUCCUUUCUCGGUUAGGAACAAAGUAGAUUCAAAAACCUUAGGACUUGGUCUUGUUGGUGUUCUAAAAGAUGAAUAUGAACAACCUUUUCACCGAAAUUCUGAAAAACUAAGGAAUAGAAAAGUUGUGUUGGGAACUGAUCAGCUUAGAGUGAAAAUCCCGUUUGAGUCAGAAAGUGAGUUUGGUUGCAAAAUGAAUGAUUCUUCAUCGUCAUCAGAAAAGGGUGUUCUUAGUUUGAGUGAAAUGGAGGUUUAUGAAGAAUACACAUGUGUGAUAUCUCAUGGAGCAAAUCCAAAAACAACACAUAUAUUCGAUAAUUGUGUUGUGGGAAGUUACUGUUCUGUCCCUAAUUCACUUAAUUUUCUUAGCUUUUGUUACACUUGCAAAAUUCAUCUUCAGCAUACAAAAGACAUCUUCAUUUACAGAGGAGAAAAAGCUUUUUGCAGUCAAGAAUGUCGUAACCAAGAGAUGAUGUUAGAUGAAGGAGAAAAUUAA